CCUACUGUUCAGUCACAAGACAAGACACAACCCAAGGUACACGGCGUACCGAACUCACCGACAGUCCUUCAAUCCAACACUGUAUAUAACACACCGACAGUCAUUCAUCCAACACGACUCUUCAGGGUAGAUUACGGCUGAAAAAGAUUCAUCGCCAAUAAAGACACGAUGUUACCCGCUCUCUGCUAUUUGUUGACGGUUGUCGCCGCUGCACCAAACGUUCAUGAAUGGUACCAGGUGUCACCGAGUGAUAAGGUCGUACCUACUGACCUUUCACCUUAUGACGUCACAUUUAUAGAGUUCCAGCAGAAGCAUAAUAAGAUUUACCCGACUGUUCAGGAAGAGUGGAAGCGGUUUGAGAUAUUCAAGGCAAACAUUAAGACAAUAGAAGAACAUAACAAGCUGUAUGUAUCUGGACAGAAGAAGUUUUUUCUUGGAAUCAACCAGUUUUCGGAUAUGGAUUCUGAUGAGUAUGUGCGAUGGCUUGGUUCGAGUAUGUCACGGGAAAGUAAUCACAGCAGGGCUUCGACAUUUCUUCGACCUAACAACUUCUUCGCACCGACAGAAAUCGAUUGGCGAACGCUUGGUUACGUAACAGAUGUGAAAGACCAGGGCCAGUGUGGUGAUUGCUGGGCAUUUAGUGCGACUGGAUCUCUGGAGGGACAACAUUUUAGAAAGACUGGAGCUUUAAUACCUCUAAGCGAGCAGCAGUUGAAUGACUGUUCUACCGACUACGGUAACCAGGGAUGUAGCGGAGGACUUAUGAAUAAUGCUUUCCGGUAUAUACAGGUCAACGGGAUUGAGUCGGAAGCCGAUUAUCCGUAUACUGCCAAGGACGGGGCGUGCUUUUACGAUUCGUCGAAGGUGGUAACAAGGUGUACUGGUUUUGUCAAAGUACCAACCGGAAAUGAACUGCAGUUGCUCGAAGCCGUGGCUUCCAUAGGACCCAUAUCCGUUGCCAUAGAUGCAAGUCGUUCCUCAUUUCAGCAAUAUGCCGGCGGCGUUUAUGACGAACCAACGUGUAGUCCAACCACAUUAGACCAUGGCGUGCUUGCUGUUGGCUAUGGAACUCUUAACGGCAACGACAUUUGGAUAGUUAAAAAUAGCUGGGGCUUGCUCUGGGGAGACAAUGGUUAUAUAAUGAUGUCACGGAACAAAAAUAACCAAUGUGGAAUAGCUACAAUGGCCAGUUACCCGACGGUCUGAUCGGCUGCCAACCUGGAUCGAACACUACCUAUUGUUUUAUCUUUAACGCUCUCGUCUUGUGGCAUUUUAAUUUUCAACAGAUAAUGCAUAUAUGCAUUAUUAUCGUCGGAAAGUGUCCAUGCACAUAAUGAUGUUUAAAAAUCGAUAAAAUCGACGAAUCAAGAUACAAGAACAAAAUAUAGAUUUGCAUAUGGACUAUGGAAAAAGUGUAAGGAAAGUAAGACUUGAUGGUCCGGAAGGGUGAACUUCUACUGUGUUGUCGACGACAACUGACAUGCAAAUGUAGGUCAAAGUUGGUCAAGGUAAAUGAACUGUGAGAGAAGCCAUUGGAAAAUAUUCUGUCAACUUUUGUGAGCCACCGUGCAUUCAUUGUGAGACAUAAUGUAUAUUUUAUGUAUAUGACUCCCAAUAAAAACAUGUUGCAGUUUCUACAUAACAUAUUCAUAAGGAUAGUUGAAGUUAUUAAACAAGUCUAUCACGUCCUGUUAACUAUGUAAACCAGAAUGUUGUUUUUUUCAUUUGAACCGGUUCACCAUUCUGGUGUACCGGUUCAAAUGAAAUAAAAUGCAACGUUUUAAACAUGGUUCGCAACUCCAGUUCAACUACUUUAUUUAUAUGUAUAAACUGUAACUGUAAAUUUAAGGACGUUGAAUUUUGGAUAAUAUUUAUGUAGAGUUUGAGAGUUUCCUACUAUUGGUAAUCCGAUCAGGUUUAUUAUUAAAAUUUUCAAAAUAUUGAUGAGCGUCUACUGUUAUUCUGCAUAUUGAAAAACCAAAUUUCCUUUCUUGUGUUCAAUUGCUCAAAAUGCUCCAUUUGGUUAUAUCGAAAAACAAAAAUAAUCAUUUCAAAGUUCUUCAUACCAGCUUCGCUCUGCUGGUUAUUUUCUAAGUUUCAAUGGAUGAUUAAGAAAUGAAAUAAAAUCCAAAGUCAUGGUAUAAAAAGAAAGCGAGGUUUCGGCGAGGUUCGAACUCGCGACCUUCUGCGUGUAAAGCAGACGUGAUAACCACUACACCACGAAACCGAUAUGUUACGGACGCCACUAAAUGUUGAGUCUAUUACAGCGCAUCGCAUUCAUAUACGGUUCAAAUAAUUAUUGAUCAAUUGUUUACUCAAAACAUGUGAAAACUAUAUUUGUUCCCUAAACAAAUAUUGAAAUUGACGAAAGUGCGAGAUAUAACGGAAUGAAAUGUAUGCGAGAGAUUUUUUUUUGUUUACUGCGAUAUUAAUAUAUGGCAGUCAUUUAAAGCAUGCGAGGGAAUCCAUUUUUUUCUAGAUAUGCAUUUCUUCGUACAGAAAGAGAAAACCGAGCCUCUAGUCUUUUAUGUAAAAAAAAA